ACGAGAGAGAAGAACACCCGGGUUACUCCUCAGAUUAACUGAAGGUAAACAAACGCGUGAAAAUGACAUUGAAAUAUUUAACUGUAGUUUCAUCUGAUUCACAUCGCUGAUAACAACAGUUAGAUUGUCUGCCUUUUAAACACAUUAUUAAACCCGGAUCAGGAAGUAAAGGAUGGCUCUCUCCUGUGUGCGUCUCUGCUCUCGUCACGUCACCAGAGGCCUUCAGGUCUGUGGUUAUUCAACCCUCAAUAAGUCCUCCAGCCCGCGGGAGAGAAGCGACUCUGGUCCAGUGUUUCAGUACGUCGGCCAGAACAAGAAGCCCAACCACAAGGUGUUUGUUUGGGGCUUCUCGUUCACCGGCGCCCUGGGGAUCCCCAGCCUGGUGGUGCCGGACAGCGGCAGGAAGAAACCUCGCAAAUACCAGCUGACUCCGUACCGUCUGGAGACAGCAGAGAAGAUCUCGUCGGCUGCUUGUGGUUACGGCUUCACGCUCAUCGCCUCGCAGACCAAAGAUGUGAUCAAGCUGUGGGGCAUGGGCCUGAAUAAGGACUCUCAGCUCGGCUUCCAGCGCACGCAGGACAGCCGCCAUAAGAGUUAUGACUUUGUGUUGGAGCCGUCUCCGGUGGCUCUUCCUCUCCAGAAGCCUCUUCAGACUCGAGUGCUUCAGGUCUCGAGCGGUCGAGCUCACUCUCUGAUCCUCACCGACCAGGAGGGAGUUUUCAGUAUGGGCAACAACGCGUACGGCCAGUGUGGGAGGCCAAUAGUCGAAGAUGAAGUUUACAGUGGCAGUCACACCAUCCACAGAAUGACAGGUUUCAGCAGCAGAGUCACACAGGUGGCGUGUGGCCAGGAUCACAGUCUGUUCCUCACUGAGACGGGGACAGUGUUUGCAUGCGGAUGGGGAGCAGACGGACAGACUGGUCUGGGCCACCACCAGGUGAGCUGCAGCCCGGUGGAGGUGGGGGGGGAUCUGGCGGGGGUGGAGGUGCAGCAGAUCAGCUCAUAUGGAGACUGCAGUCUGGCUGUGUCUAAAGAUGGAGAUCUGUACGGCUGGGGAAACUCAGAGUACCUGCAGCUGGCCUCCGUCACCGAGGCAACACAGAUGAACUCUCCUCGACGUCUUCCUCUGAAAGACUGUGGGAAGCUGGUGCAGGCGGCAUGUGGAGGAACACAGGUGGCUGUUCUUAACGAUAAAGGAGAGGUGUUCGUUUGGGGCUACGGCAUUCUUGGAAAAGGUCCCAAACUUUCUGAAUCCUCGACCCCGGAGAGAAUUCCCUCGACUCUGUUCGGACGCUCCGAGUUGAACCCCUCUGUCGUCACCAAGAUCCGCUGUGGACUCAACCAUUUCGCUGCAGUGACGGAUCGAGGAGAGCUCUUUGUCUGGGGGAAGAAUGUGAGAGGAUGUUUGGGCAUCGGGAAGAGAGACGACCAGUUCUUCCCGUGGAGAGUGACUGUACCUGGUCAGGUGGUGGACGUAGUGUGUGGUGUUGAUCACAUGGUGGCGCUGGUGAAGUCCCUCCUGUGAGCUCCUGGAUGAAAGGUUCGGAUGUUUGACCCCCCGCGGGGAGCCGAUCGGGGGCCACGCUGGAGUCUUGAAGCCAUCUGCUCUCCACAGGCGACGAACCCUCGUGUCCCUGUGACGUCAAGCCGAGUUCACGGCGGUCGAUUCUGCAGCAAACUGUCACCGACACGACUCUCUUUACCCUGCAUGAAGGUCAUCUGGGAAACGCUUCAAAGGAGAGUUUUGUUUUAUUUCAACUGGAGCUGAAACGAUGAAUCUAUUCAGCCAAGCAAAACAGAGAAAGAAUGUGAACAAUUCUGCCAUAACAGCAUGUGAGGAUUCACUGCUUGUUCUCUGUGUUGUGUGAUUGUAAACUGAACAUCUUAAGGUUGAUUCGACAAAGCAAGACCUUUGAAGGAGACUGGGAUUGGAAUUGUUCUGUAUUUUCUGACAUUUUAUUGAUUUAACGAUGCAAGACUAAAAGUUGUAGUUUCAGCUCUGAUAAGGCCAAGUUGAAAUGAACAGGAGUGGCUUUCUUUAAGACAACUGUUUAAAUGUGAUAUAUUCUGUAAAAUGUCAUUUCAUUGGCCACUACACGAGAAAAUAACUCAAAUUGACUGAAAUAAAAAGCCUUAUGCGCUUUUGAGAUAUCCUCAAAUGAUAUGUUGUAGCACUCUGCAGACCAGCGACAUAUUUGUUAAACAUUGUUCCAUUUGUAAAAGCCAGCUACAGCAAAACAAUGCACACACAAAUUAAGUCCUUACUGCCAGCUGCAAAUAGAGGUGAAGGCCCUCCUCCGCCUGGGAGAAGCUCAUCUGGGAGAAUCAAUUUUACAACAUGGUCUGUGUGUCAUCAAUAGUGUGUGCAUGUUGUGCAUAACUUGACUUAUGUUGUGCCGUUCUCCCAGUCUGGAUGUUUCAGAAAAUGAACCCACUAUCCGUGAUAGUUUUCCAUUAAAAACACAACAUGCAAUGCAGAAAAUAUCCAUCCAUCUUCUCCCGCUUAUCCGUGGUCGGGUCGCGGGGGCAGCAGUUCCAGCAGAGAGCCCCAAACUUUCCUUGCAAUGCAGAAAAUAUGCUAUAUCAAAAAUAAAUGUUGUUUUUUUACCAGCA